AUGGAUCGUCGCGUCGGCAUCGUCGGAGGCCAUAAGGUAAGUGAGCCCUGAGGUAAGCGAACGUUGCUCUGCUGCCUCACUUUGCCUGUUCCCGUUACAUGCUGCAUGCCGCCCUUGUUGCCUGCUCUAUGUCUAUUUGUUUGCGCCUGUCCUCACCAAUAGUUAGUUGUCGUUCUGCUGGACUUUGCUUGUUGUCUUGUUUAUUGCUGUCCCUGCCUGCUGGCUAUGCUUGCUUGUCCCUCCUAACUGUAGGUCAUAUAUCUUUCAGCUGGUUGUAUCUUCUCUUCUAUCCACUUCGGCAACUAUUCACCCCGGAGAAUAAGAGGAAAGUUGUGUUUCUCGUCUCUCCACUCCUCCCUACCCAGCUAAGGUCCCAGGCUAACUCGGGUCGUACUCUCACUAACGCAGUCGUGGCCCAUUGCGCAGUUCGGCAGCCGUUUGGGAUGCCCAGCAGCCCUAUUUAGGGGGUGCACUGCUCGCCCCACAAGCUGAAAAAGGCUGGAAAAAGGUGUCCUGCAAUUUGCUGAGAAUCACGCCGUCUGUAGACAGGCCGUGGUCGUAAACAAAAAACAUACGCUCGACAAAGUCAGGACCGAAACAACAAUCUCUCUACUCCUCUUCCUUCUUCUUCUUCUUCUUCUUCUUCUUCUUCUUCUUCAUCUUCUUCUUCUUCUUCUUCUUCUUCUUCUUCUUCCUCUUCCUCUACCUCUUCUUCUUCUUCCUCUAUUUCUCCUGCUCCUCCUGCUCCUCCUCCUCCUCCUCCUCCUCCUCCCCACCGCCCCACUCGCCAGACUGGUAGGGUGAGUCCGCUCACACUGGCUGCCUCGAGAUUUCGUUCCCUUUUAGACAAUCCGAGGAGCAACCGACCGGAACGGAGAACGGCGCUAGUAGGUCAGGAACUGGCGCGCUACAAGGUGGAAAUGGCAGCACUCAGCGAGACUCGGUUCUCCGAACAAGGCCAACUGGAGGAGGUGGGUGCCGGCUACAUCUUCUUCUGGAGCGGUCGCUCCAGGGCAGAUCGACGAGAUGCGGGUGUCGACGUUGCCAUCCGGAACGACGAUGCGGGACGACCGCCCUGUCUGCGCAGGGUAUUAACGAUCGUCUGAUGAGCCUCCGUCUGCCCCUAAGGGGACAUAAAUUCUCGACCAUCAUCAGCGCCUACGCUCCGCCGAUGAGCAGCCCUGACGCCGCCGCAAGAGACAAAUUCUACGAGGACCUGCAAAACCUCCCGGCAGCUGUGUCGAAGGCGGAUAAAUCCAUUGUCCUUGGUGAAUUCAACGCCCGCGUCGGAACAGACCAUGCUGAUGGGAGAGAAGUGCUAAGUCCUCGAGGGCUCCGGGGCUUCAAAGGCAACGGCAUGCUCCCUCUACGAACUCGAGCAGAACACCGGCUCAUCCUGACGAAAAACUUCUUCUGCCUGCCGAUGCGAAAGAAGGUCACCUGGAUGCAUCCUCGAUCGCGUCAGUGGCACCCGCUGGCCUAUUUCCUCGUCCGGAGGCGAGACCAGCAGGACGUGCUGGUGACCAAGGCAAUUCCGGGUGCUAACGGGUGGACCGACCAUCGCCUCGUCAUCUCGAAGAAGCGAAUUCGCCUACAGCCUCGCAGGAGACCACAGGGUAGGCGGCCCUCAGGCAAGCUUAAUAUUGCCCUGUUUUCGUUGCCUGCUCACCAUCUUCAUUUCAGCAACUAGCUAGUUCAACGGCUAGACAACAUUCCAGUCGCUGCCGCCGCUGACGAUAACACCUUUGUAGAGAACCGGUGGUGUCAAUUGCAGGACACAGUCCAGUCGACACCGCUGGUCGUCCUCGGUCGCGCACGCCGCCAACACGAAGACUAGUACGACGACAACGAAACCGCCAUCAGCAAACUGCUUGCCGAGAACAACCGUCUGCACAAAGCCUACGUCGACCGCCCCACCAACGACAUCAGAGCUGCUUUCUACAGUAGUCGUCGCCUUGUAAAACAGCAACUGCGUGAGAUGUAGGGCGCUUGGACGGCUCGCAAGGCAGAGAAGAUCCAAGGAUACGCGGACCGCAACGAACUGAAGAACAUCUUCUCCGUGAUCAAAGCUGUCUACCCUCCGCCAACCUGAGGUACUGCACCUCUGCUGAGCGCCGACUGACUGAUAAGACAAAAAUUCUACAGCGAUGGGUCAAGCACUUCCGAGGCGUCCUCAAUCGUCCCUCCACCAUCUCCGAUGCCGCCAUCGCCCUUCUGCCGCAAGUGGAGACCAACAUGGACCUCGAUCUCCCGCCCUCUCUCCACGAAACCAGCAGGGCCGUGCAGCGGCUCUCCAGCGGAAAACGCUUGGAUCUGAUAUGA